GCAGUUGCGCCUAGACUUACCUAGGGCUCAGCCCUGGAGUAGGAAAGUGAGGACACUGAAGCGAAGCGAUCAGUGACAGAUGGGGCCGGUAGCGGCGUCACUGUUUGCUUCUUUCAAAAGUCUGGAGUAACUCCAUUUCAACCAUGAUUACUCUAUCCCGCCCAUUAUCUACGUCUUCUGUUUGCCUGGUCUGAUCCUGUGGCAAACUCCUUCCACAUGAGAUUGUUCGGUCGUGUCUUGUAUUCGUCGCUCAUUUCUACUCGAGUCUUGUGUCCAGUCACAUUCCGACCUCGAACGAUACAUAAGCCCAUUCUUCAGGGCAUUCACUUUCGUCAACCUCCCUCGAGUCACUCCUUUGCCACAGUCAUGAACUCUUCCAGACUGAUAAUAUCGGAUCUCGAGAAGCCUGACCUCGACGAUAGACAGUAUCGUGUCAUCGAGCUCCCGAACAAACUCGAAGCAUUACUCGUCCACGAUGCGCAGACCGAUAAAGCCAGUGCCAGUCUCAACGUUAAUGUUGGGAACUUUUGCGAUGAGGAGGACAUGCCAGGAAUGGCGCAUGCCGUCGAGCAUCUGCUCUUCAUGGGUACGGAGAAGUACCCUAUAGAGAAUGAGUACAGUUCCUACCUAUCCUCAAACUCCGGCCACUCCAAUGCAUACACUGCCGCAACCCAGACAAACUACUUCUUCGAAUGUGCGGCCUCACACGAAUCGAAUGACGAUGCUUCGCAUGCCGCAGUCAAUGGGACUGCCCAAACUGCGGUCAACGGGACAGCAAGAGGACCUCUCUAUGGCGCUUUGGAUAGAUUUGCACAAUUCUUCGUCAAGCCUCUCUUUCUGGAAAACACCUUGGACCGAGAACUGAGAGCAGUGGAUUCAGAAAACAAGAAAAACCUACAAAGUGAUGCUUGGAGACUGUCCCAGCUCGUCAAAUCCCUGUCAAACCCACACCAUCCAUACAACCAUUUUUCGACAGGCAACUUACAGACACUAAGAGACGAACCUGAAAAGAGGGGUGUGAAGAUCCGCGAUGAGUUCAUUCGCUUCUACGAACAGCACUACUCCGCAAAUCAGAUGAAACUGGUCGUACUGGGUCGUGAGUCUUUGGACGAGCUACAGACCUGGGUCGAGGAACUGUUUUCAGAGGUUCAAAACAAAGAUCUGCCAGAAAAUCGCUGGGAUGGAGUGGAUGUCUUGACCAAGGAUCAAUUGUCGACAGAGAUACUUGCGAAACCGGUCAUGGAGUCACGCUCUCUGGAAAUCAGCUUCCCAUGGGAGGACGAAGAAGAUAUGUAUGAGACUCAACCGGCACGGUAUAUCAGUCAUCUCAUUGGCCAUGAAGGACCGGGCAGUAUUCUAGCAUAUCUCAAGGAAAGUGGCUUAGGUCAGACCCUCUCUGCUGGCUACCACCCCGUCUGCCCCGGUUCUGCCUUUUUCGAGAUUGAGAUCGGGUUGACACCAAAGGGUCUCAAGGACUACCAUGAAGUUGUCAAAGUCGUUUUCCAAUAUAUCGGCAUGAUGAAGGCAAACCCACCCGUGGAAUGGAUGCACCAGGAAAUGAAGAACAUGGCCGAGGUGGACUUCCGAUUUCGACAAAAAUCUCCUGCUAGUCGCUUCACCAGUGGCACAAGCAGCGUCAUGCAGAAAAAUCUACCCCGCAACUGGUUGCUCAGUGGUACGAGCAAAUUCAGAAAAUUCGACGCCAAAGCCAUCACACAAGCCAUGCAAUAUCUCAGAGAGGACAACUUCCGGCUCAUGCUGGUAUCUCAGGAGUAUCCCGGCACGUGGGAUCAAAAGGAGAAGUGGUACGGAACGGAUUACAAGGUUGAGAAGAUACCCACAGAUGUCUUGUCCGAGAUCCGGCAGGCACUGUCUUCUCGAACCCAAGCCACAGAAGAGCUACAUCUCCCACACAAGAAUGAAUUCAUUCCUACCAAGCUAGAUGUCGAGAAGUUGGAUAUCAAGGAGCCUGCCAAGACGCCCAAACUGCUUCGCAACGAUGACCAGGUCCGGCUUUGGUGGAAGAAGGAUGACACAUUCUGGGUGCCGAAAGCUAACCUCAAUAUCAAAUUACGAAACGCCGUCACUCACACGACUCCUGCGAACUUUGUCAAGACAUGUCUUUUCGCCGAAUUGGUCAAGGAUAAUUUGUCUAGCUACUCAUAUGACGCCGAGAUCUCGGGUCUCGCCUACAAUAUUGCACCGAAUCCUCUGGGAAUGGAUCUCAGUAUCCGUGGAUACAACGACAAAAUGGCUGUACUACUUGAAAAGAUUCUGUUUACGAUACGAGACAUGGAGAUCAAUCCCGAACGAUUCGAUGUGAUAAAGGAACGGUUGGCAAGGAACUACAAAAACUGGUACUUUCAACAACCAUACUAUCAAAUUGGCGAUUACACGAGGUGGCUCCUCAAUGAAAAAGGCUGGAUGACUGGUUCAUACGCAGCAGAGCUGCCCCAUACCACGGCGGAAGACAUCAAGGCCUUUGCACGUCAGCUUCUACAGCAAGCGCAUAUCGAGGUGAUCGCCCAUGGUAAUUUGUACAAGGAAGAUGCGAAGAAGAUUGCCAACCUGGUAGAAUCGACGCUGAAGCCACGCAUCUUGCCGGCCUCGGAGUGGCAGCUGAGGAGGAACAUGAUCAUUCCCAAAGGGAGCAAUUUCGUGUACAAACACCCGCUGGGUGAUCCUGAGAACAUCAACCACGCUAUCGAGUAUUACCUGGAAGUCGGCCACGUCAUGGACGCUUCACUUCGUGCGAAGCUGCAGUUGUUCGCUCAGAUGACUGAUGAACCUGCCUUUGACCAACUGAGAACCAAGGAACAGCUUGGGUAUGUGGUCUGGAGUGGUGUUCGGCCCUCUUCAGUUACGAUGGGUUACAGAGUCCUCAUACAGAGCGAACAGGACCCGGAAUACCUGGAAACCCGCAUCAAUGCAUUCUUGCUCAAAUUCAAGCAGGAUCUAGAGACGAUGUCGGACGAAGAUUUUGAAGGACACAAGCGAAGUCUUGUGAACAAGAGACUGGAAAAGCUCAAGAAUCUCGACUCCGAGACAAACCGCCUACUGUCAUACAUUGGCAGCGAGUACAUGAACUUCUAUCAAGUCGAUCGGGAUGUAGCUGCGAUCAGACACCUCACGAAGGCCGACAUCAAGGAAUUUUAUGCGCAGUACAUUGACCCAGAAUCGUCUUCACGGGCCAAGCUGUCCAUCCACCUUGAAGCUCAAGCUUCAGCUCCUGUGGUUGAAGUUUCACCAUCCGAGAAGAAAGAUGAAUUUGUUGGACUUAUCGGCCAAACCCUGGGAUCUGUCGGGGUUGACGUUGAAGAAACGAAGCUGAAAACUCAUUUUGAGAGUGUAGAGCCCACCGAUCAGGCCGGAGUUAGCAAAGCCAUCACGAGCUACAUUGGCGAGUCGCUGCCUGCAGCUAAAUCAAAGGAGAUUGUUGGACAGAUUGAGGAAGCAUUGCCUCAACUAUUGGUCGCUCUGAAGAUCAAGCCUGUCGCAGCUCCUACGGACACUGUGGAGGUGGCCUCGAAGAUCCCGACGCCUGUGAUUAUCAAGGACGUGUAUCAAUGGAAGGCUGGCUUGCAGGUUAGCCAGGGACCCGUUGCAGUAGAAGACUUGGGUGCUUUUGAGGAUUUAGAGUCCAAAUUAUGAAGAGCAGAAGACCUGACCCAUAGACGGGAAAGGGGGGCGACAGCAUUGCUUUGUUGGCACUAGCGAUGGCGUUGUUGGCCAAAGUCCACUCCAGUCUAGAUUACAUGUAGAUGUCGUGAAUAUCGAUGCAGAAUUGGAUCGAUUCAGUCGCCCUGGAGGCUACAUGCUGGUGACCGUAGUAGCAC